AUGCAGGUUGAGGAACUGUAUUCUUUGGAUAUCGAUUCACUAAACAGUCUUAGACCUGUUUAUGGGUUGAUUUUCCUAUUUAAAUGGCGUGCUGGAGAGAAAGAUGAGCGUCUAGUAAUCAAAGAUCCAAACCCGAAUUUGUUUUUUGCUAGCCAGGUCAUUAACAACGCAUGUGCUACUCAAGCGAUCCUCUCCAUUCUUUUGAACUGUCCAGAAGUCGAUAUUGGUCCUGAAUUAUCAGCCCUAAAGGAGUUCUCCAAAAACUUCCCUCCGGAACUCAAAGGUUUAGCCAUCAACAACAGUGAUGCCAUCCGAACAGCCCACAACAGUUUUGCAAGGCCUGAGCCAUUCAUCCCUGAAGAGCAAAAAGCAGCAGGGAAAGAUGACGACGUCUAUCAUUUUAUAAGCUACAUACCGGUAGAUGGGGUCCUUUAUGAGCUUGAUGGGCUGAAAGAGGGCCCUAUUAGCCUGGGUCCUUGCUCAGGUGGUCAAGGUGAUCUGGAUUGGCUGAAGAUGGUGCAACCCGUGAUUCAAGAAAGAAUUGAAAGGUAUUCACAAAAUGAGAUACGGUUCAACCUCUUGGCUGUCAUAAAGAACAGGAAAGAGAUGUACACAGCUGAGCUUAAAGAAUUACAGAGGAGGAGAGAGCGGCUGCUUCAGCAGCUCGGGGCAUUACAAGCGGAGAGAAUGGUGGAUGGCAGCAAUGUGCAGGCGCUGAACAAGUCGCUUUCUGAAGUGAAUGCUGGGAUUGAGGGUGCAACUGAGAAGAUUUUGGUGGAGGAAGAGAAGUUUAAGAAGUGGAGAACAGAGAAUAUUCGGAGGAAACAUAAUUACAUACCGUUCUUGUUUAAUUUCUUGAAGAUUCUCGCUGAGAAGAAGCAGUUGAGACCUUUGAUUGAAAAAGCAAAGCAGAAGGCUGGCAACCCGAGGUAAGUUGUUACGUUUUGGUUCGGAUGUGAGUUCAUGGUAAUUGUGU